AGGAAACCAUUGUGGGUCCAUUCAGGACUUGAUUCAUCCUUUGGUUUUUUUUAACAGGAAAAUAGGAAAAGGUUUAUUUUAGUUUUCUCCAUUUCACCCAGCACAUCCUCGUGCGGUUCUAAUGACAGAGUCACCGCUUCCCACUUCCACGCGCACCUGAGUUUGUCCCGUUAUCCCUCACCGAGUUUUAUUUGACCCCUUUUUCUCUGCGGCUCUUGCAGUCAAACACGCGACGUUUUGUAGUACAAAUAAUAAUCGGUUAAACCUUCGCAGGACUGGAGAAUUGGAAAUGAAGAGAGAUUUGACGUGUUUCUGUCGGAUUUGGUUUGGGAUCGCUGCUUCUUCAGGGUUGGUGAUUGGCUAUUCUAUGACUCCGCCCACCCUUGACAGCCCCAAAGAAGACCUUGUGAUCCACGCAGAUGAAACACUGACCAUUACAUGCAGGGGUCAGCGUACUCUGUCCUGGGUGUGGCCUGAGACGACCCUGGUGGGAGAGGAGCUGACUGACCGUCAGGUCGGACCCAGGCCCAGCAGAGCCCCAGGGAGAGAGGCCGAGACUGGGUCUGGAACCCCUGUUUGUACCCCCGGGGCUGGAGUUGUGGGAGGCCACCCCGUGGCCGCGGAGGGGGCUGGUACGCCUGCUUCGGUCCCUAUCCAGAGAAGGGGAGUCAGCAUCCUGGAGUGUCCAGGGGAGCCUGGAAGGCCGUAUUGCAAGACCCUGGUUCUCACUGGAGCUAAAGGGAAUGAUACAGGGUACUACCGCUGUUACUACAGAGAUGUCAAGGCUGUCAUCGACGGGACCACGGCUGCCACUCUAUAUGUGUUUGUCAGAGAUUUGGAGCAGCCUUUCCUCAGGAGAAACAGAGGAAGCAACGACCUGGAGACCAUCUUCAUAUCAAGAUCCUCCACUCACGUCACAGUACCUUGUCUAGUCACUGUGCCCGAUCUCAACGUCACACUUUAUCUGUGGGAGACAAUGUCUAUGCCCCUGGAGGAUGAGGGGAUGGUGUGGGACAGUAAAAGAGGCUGGUCCAUCCCUAGACAAACCUUAGACUCCAGACCGUUCCUCUUCGGAUUGUACUGCCAAGCUGGACUACAGGGGAGAGUGUACCGCUCUCCCCACUAUGUGGUUCACUUCACAGGAAGUCAGCUUUACGACGUCAAGCUGUAUCCAGAGGACUCGGUGGAGCUGAUCAUGGGGGAGGCCCUGACGCUCAGCUGUAAUGCCACGGUAGAGUUUGGCAUGUUUGUCGAGUUCCGGUGGUCAUAUCCUGGAAAACAGAUGAACAGUACAGUGGGCAUAGUGCACAAACGUAAUUCUCUCUCUCGGUUCACGGAGGCCGUCAGCAUCCUGACCAUCCAAAGCGUCAACGUCACCGACACUGGCACUUACACCUGCUCUGCCAUCACUGUGGAGAAACAAAUGGAUCUGGCAACUCAAGUCAUAGUGCACGAGAAGCCAUUCAUCAGCCUAGACUACAGGAGCAGCCCGGUCGUCGAGGCAACAUCAGGACAGAAGUCCUUUAAACUGUUAGCCAAGGUGUCAGCAUACCCCAAACCUGACAUACAGUGGUAUAAAGGUGAUAAGUUGAUCAGCCGUCGUCCAGAGUUCAACAGGAUGCGUCUCCAUCAGCACUAUAACUUAGAGAUCAGAGACGUUCACCCUGAGGAUGCUGGGAACUACACCAUCCUCCUCAAGAACACAGUGGCCUUGCUGGAGAGGAGAAUCACCAUCACACUCAUCGUCAACGUUCCCCCUCAGAUCCAUGAGAAGGAAAUAGCGGCACCAUCUAGCCCAUAUCGCCGUGGCAGCAGCCAGACCCUCACCUGUACAGGGUACGGACGUCCCGCCCCUAACAUCACCUGGCAGUGGAGGAGAUGGAGCCCCUGUGGCCUCAACAGCACCCACCGCAUGAGUCGGAGGGAUCGUAAAGGGCGUAGCGACAGCGUCUCAGACUGUCAGAACUGGCAGGACCUGGACUCACAGAACACCGUUAAUAAAAUAGAAAACAUCGAGACGUCAGUCGAAGUCGUGGACGGGAGGCAGAAGAUAGUCAGCAGACUGGUGAUCCAGAACGCCAGUGUAUCAGUCAUGUAUAAAUGUUCUGCUAACAACAAAGUGGGUAAAGACCAGAAGCUGAUAUACUUCUAUGUGACCACUAUCCCAGAAGGGUUCAGUGUAGAGCUGGGUCCGUCUGAGGAACCUCUGGAGCAGGAGGAAGUGUCGCUAAGCUGCAUCGCUGACAACUACACCUAUGAACAGCUCACCUGGUACAGACUGGACCCGCAGGCGCUGCAGGAUGAGCGUGGUAAACCCCUGGAGCUGGACUGUCGUAGUGUCCACCUGUACGCUGACCGCCUAGAUGGACAACUGACCUAUCAGGAGCAGUCUAACAGCUGGGUCCUGGAGAUGACUAUAGCUAGCAUCACACUACAGGAUGAAGGGAACUAUGUCUGUGAGGUUCAGAAUAGGAGGAGCCGAGAGAAACACUGUCUACGCAAAUACAUAUCGGUUAAAGCUCUAGAAGCCCCCUGGUACAGACACAACCCGACCAAUCAGACAGUGAACAUCAGUGAGUCUCUCCUGAUGGAGUGUGAUGUAAUGGGAACUCCUUCACCACACCUCUCCUGGUUCAAAGACAACCAGCCCCUGCACCAAAUGUCAGGACUGCAGCUACAGGACGCCAACAGGACUUUGAGUAUCCAGCGAGUCAGAGAAGAGGACGCCGGUCUCUACACCUGCACCGCCUGUAAUCAGAGGGGCUGCGCACACUCCUCCGCUGCCAUCACAGUGCUGGGUUCCAGUGACAGGGCUAACGUGGAGAUCGUGAUUCUGAUUGGGACAGGCGUCUUCGCUGUGUUCUUCUGUGCUCUACUCAUCCUCAUCUUCUGCAACGUCAAACGGGUGAACCCAGCAGACAUAAAGACAGGCUAUCUGUCCAUCAUAAUGGACCCAGGGGAGGUUCCUCUGAUAGAGUUUCUCUCAGGGAAGGUGUUGGGUCAUGGAGCGUUUGGGAAGGUCAUCGAGGCCUCCAUCUUUGGAGUCAGCAAGAAGAGCAGCCUGGACACUGUGGCGGUGAAGAUGUUGAAAGAGGGAGCGUGUGCCAGUGAUCACAAGGCUCUGAUGUCAGAGCUGAAGAUCCUGAUCCACAUUGGGAACCAUCUUAACGUGGUCAACCUCCUGGGGGCAUGCACCAAACCCAGCGGCCCCCUCAUGGUGGUGGUGGAGUACUGCAAGUAUGGGAACCUGUCCAACUACCUGAGAGCCAAGAGAGAGUUCUUCCUACCUUACAGGGACCGCUCCCCUAAGACUCAGAGCCAGGUGAGACGCAUGAUAGAGGCGGGACAAGUGGAGCAGAGAGCCCGCCUCCCACCUUCCACAUCCUCCUCCUCUAUUGGCAGCCCCCAGAGUCAGUCAUCCAGCAAGUCCAAUCAGAAGAGCCCCUCUCCUGCUGUGGAAAAGAUGGAGGACCUAUGGAAGACUCCUCUCACUAUAGAAGAUCUGAUCUGCUAUAGUUUCCAGGUGGCCAGAGGAAUGGAGUUCCUGGCCUCGCGAAUGUGUAUCCACAGGGACCUUGCAGCGAGGAACAUCCUGCUGUCAGAGAACAACGUGGUGAAGAUCUGCGACUUCGGCCUGGCUAGAGACAUCUACAAAGACCCCGACUACGUCAGGAAAGGCAACGCCCGUCUGCCACUGAAGUGGAUGGCUCCAGAGAGUAUCUUUGACAAGGUCUACACCAGCCAGUCUGACGUCUGGUCCUUUGGUGUUCUACUCUGGGAGAUCUUCUCUCUGGGUGCAUCUCCGUACCCAGGUGUCCAGAUCGAUGAGGACUUCUGUAAACGACUGAAAGAUGGAACUAGGAUGAGAGCUCCUGAAACAGCAUCUCCUGAGAUCUAUGGUAUAAUGCUGGCCUGCUGGCAGGGCGAGCCCCGAGAGAGACCUCCCUUCCAAGCCCUGGUAGAUAUCCUGGGAGACCUACUACAGGACGACAGCCUACCAAUUCGACCCGCUUCACAGGAGGAGAUGAGAUUGGCUUGUCACAGCCUGCCCAUCAGGUAUUAUAACUGUGUGCCCUUCGCGGGCUGUGUGUUCGUGGGGCCGUCGAAGCUGUCGUCAUGCCAACCCAGAGUCAAGACGUUUGAGGAGCUACCAAUGGAAACGGCCUGGUAUAAACCCCACAACAACGGAGACAACCAGACAGACAGUGGGAUGGUUUUGGCGUCAGAGGAGUUUGAGAUGAUCCAACACGAACACAGAGGAGCCAAUAGUACAGAGCGCCUGGUGGUGGUAGAGUCCAGCGGGAGCUCCGUUAGUUCCAGACACCGACCAGCCUUCCUCUCCCAGCUCUCUGGCCAGACCUUUUACAACAACGAGUAUGGUCAGCUGUCAGAGGAGGGCAGGGUCCUGGACUUCUUCUCCUCCCCUGAUGAUACACGCUGCCUCGCAUCCUCCAACCUGUGAUGGCUUAUUAUCAUCAUCUCAGUGGGCUAGCCCCUCCCCCUCCAAUGUCAUCAUUAUCAUCAUCUCAGUGGGCUAGCCCCUCCCCCUCCAACCUGUGAUGUCAUCAUUAUCACCAUCUCAGUGGGCUAGCCCCUCCCCCCUCCAAUGUCAUCAUCAUCUCAGUGGGCUAGCCCCUCCCCCUCCAAUGUCAUCAUCAUCUCAGUGGGCUAGCCCCUCCCCUCCAACCUGUAAUGUCAUCAUUAUCACCAUCUCAGUGGGCUAGCCCCUCCCCCUCCAACCUGUGAUGUUAUCAUUAUCAUCAUCUCAGUGGGCUAGCCCCUCCCCUCCAACCUGUGAUGUUAUCAUUAUCAUCAUCUCAGUGGGCUAGCCCCUCCCCUCCAACCUGUGAUGUUAUCAUUAUCAUCAUCUCAGUGGGCUAGCCCCUCCCCCUCCAACCUGUGAUGUUAUCAUCAUCUCAGUGGGCUAGCCCCCCCUCCCUCCAGCCUGUGAUGUCAUUAUCAUCAUCUCAGUGGGCUAGCCCCUCCCCCGCCAACCUGUGAUGUCAUUAUCUCAGUGGGCUAGCCCCUCCCCCUCCAACCUGUGAUUGACUACAGUGGGUUCUAACAGUUUGGAAUCCUAACUGAAUAUUGCUGCUUCACUAUUUUUCAAGAAAGUAGCAAUAUUAAUUUUGGAUUCCAAUCUUGCUAGCCACAAGGGUUGGGAGUAUGUUGUAGUAUACUCAAUUCCCUGUGUGUCACUCCCUCUUCAUGGCCUAGUGGCCCAUAUUGGACUGAGCCGUCUGUGCCUGCAGUUCUCUAUCCAACCACUGGGUGGCAGUAGUAUGUCAAAAUCAAAGUAUUUUAUAUCAACCACAGUUCAGAUUUGUAUCUUUAUACAGAGUAAGCUUCUUUUGUUUAUUUGUACAAAAAUAUGAAAAUAAAAAAGGCAAUAUAUCUUCUUUA